GAGGAUACCAAGCCAAUGCGAUGGCUGGGGCGGGGUUGGGCUCUCUAUAAGUUGUCGAUAGGCGGGCACUCCGCCCUAGUUUCUAAGGAUCAUGUCUGCGAGUCAGGAUUCCCGGUAAGAAAGACAUUUCCAAGACAUUGUGGUUACUUACCCUGCUGUCCCUUCCGAGGACCCUGCCGGGGGAAGCUGAGAUCUAGAGACAAUGGCCCCGAUGGGAUGGAGCCCGAAGGCGUCAUCGAGAGUAACUGGAAUGAGAUUGUUGACAGCUUUGAUGACAUGAAUCUUUCGGAGUCACUCCUCCGUGGCAUCUACGCCUAUGGUUUUGAGAAGCCCUCUGCCAUCCAGCAGCGAGCCAUUCUUCCUUGUAUCAAGGGUUAUGAUGUGAUCGCUCAAGCCCAAUCUGGGACUGGGAAAACGGCCACUUUUGCCAUAUCAAUUUUGCAGCAGAUUGAAUUGGAUCUAAAGGCCACCCAGGCCUUGGUCCUGGCACCCACUAGAGAGUUGGCUCAGCAGAUACAGAAGGUAGUUAUGGCCUUAGGAGAUUACAUGGGUGCCUCGUGUCACGCCUGCAUUGGGGGUACCAAUGUGCGUGCUGAGGUGCAGAAGCUGCAGAUGGAAGCUCCCCAUAUCAUCGUGGGUACCCCAGGCCGGGUGUUCGACAUGCUUAACCGGAGAUACCUGUCUCCCAAAUACAUUAAGAUGUUUGUACUGGAUGAAGCUGAUGAAAUGUUAAGCCGGGGGUUCAAGGACCAGAUCUAUGACAUAUUCCAAAAGCUCAAUAGCAACACCCAGGUGGUUUUGCUGUCGGCUACAAUGCCCUCUGAUGUGCUUGAGGUGACCAAGAAGUUCAUGAGGGACCCAAUUAGAAUCCUUGUCAAGAAAGAAGAGCUGACGCUGGAGGGUAUCCGCCAGUUCUACAUCAACGUGGAACGAGAGGAGUGGAAGCUGGACACGCUGUGCGACUUGUAUGAAACCCUGACCAUCACCCAGGCAGUCAUCUUCAUCAACACCCGACGGAAGGUGGACUGGCUCACUGAGAAGAUGCAUGCCCGGGACUUCACCGUCUCUGCCAUGCACGGAGAUAUGGACCAAAAAGAACGAGACGUUAUCAUGAGGGAGUUCCGCUCUGGCUCUAGCAGAGUAUUGAUUACCACUGACCUACUGGCCAGAGGCAUCGACGUGCAGCAGGUUUCCUUAGUCAUCAACUAUGACCUCCCCACCAACAGGGAAAACUACAUCCACAGAAUCGGUCGAGGUGGACGUUUUGGCCGUAAGGGUGUGGCUAUUAACAUGGUGACAGAAGAGGACAAGAGGACUCUUCGAGACAUCGAGACCUUCUACAACACCUCCAUUGAGGAGAUGCCCCUCAACGUUGCGGACCUCAUCUGAGAGGGGCUGUUCUGCUACGUAGUCCCAGCCAGGGCUCAGUCCUUGGGGGGCGCUGAGGAGCAGCAGGAGGGGGGAGGGAAGGGAGUCAAGGGAUGGACAUCUUGUCAUUUUUUUUUCUUUUUUUUUUUUUUUCUUUGAAUAAAUGUCACUUUUUGAGGCAAAAGAAGGAACCGUGAACAUUUUAGACACCCUUUUCUUUGGGGUAGGCGCCGUCUCUUCUCCCAAAAACACUAAUCCAUUUCCCUAACCUAGUCAACCUCCAAACCCCAGAGGCUCUCCCCACCCCACCUGAAUUCCUCUGAAAAUGAUUCAGUCCACCUCAUUUGCUGGACCAAAUCUGGAGGGAGAACCCCCGAGUUAGGUGGCCCAGGGGGUUGUCCCCAGGUGGGGGGAGUAGGGGAGAGAAAAUGGUAGCCAUUUUUACAUUGUUUUGUAUAGUAUUUAUUGAUUCAGGAAACAAAGACAAAAUUCUGAAUAAAAUGACUUGGAAACUG